AUGGCGUUCGCGGCAGAGGUCUCACCAAAGACUGCCGCACUCUCUGAUGGUACCACAGACUACAAGCCACUGAGGUCGAAAGGCUACGACAUGAAGAAGCCUCAUAUCACUGAGCUGCCGAUGACCUGGAGAAAUUGGCACCAACAUCUGGAUUGGUUGAGCAUCUACUUCAUCAUCGUCGUACCAAUCCUGGGCCUCAUUGCAGCCACUCAGACUCCAUUGCGCCUUUACACAGGAAUUUUUGCUGUUGUAUACUAUGUCAUGUGUGGCUCAGGCAUCACUGCUGGUAUGUCAUGUAAAGAUUGGAAGACCUUGCAACAUACUGACAAGCAAGCAGGAUACCAUCGUCUCUGGGCACAUUCAUGCUACAAGGCAACCCUUCCGCUCAAGAUCUAUCUGGCAGCUGCUGGAGCUGGCGCUGCUCAAGGAAGUAUCAGAUGGUGGUCAAGAGGUCAUCGGGCCCAUCAUCGCUACACAGACACAUCGAAGGAUCCUUACUCUGUUGAGAAAGGCUUCUGGUACAGCCACAUGGGUUGGAUGGUUAUAAAGCAAAACCCGAAAAGGAUCGGUCGAUCAGACAUCAGUGAUCUCAACGAGGACCCAGUUGUCGUUUGGCAACACAAACACUAUAUCAAGUCAGUUCUGACUAUGGCCCUGAUCGUUCCGACCCUUGUUUGUGGCCUGGGCUGGGGUGAUUGGUUCGGUGGGUUUGUGUAUGCCGGCAUCUUGCGUACGGCAUUCAUUCAACAAGCGACCUUCUGCGUCAACUCCCUAGCUCACUGGCUUGGCGAGCAACCAUUCGAUGAUCGCAACUCACCUCGCGAUCACGUUAUCACAGCUCUUGUCACACUCGGCGAAGGCUACCACAAUUUCCACCACGAGUUUCCAUCAGACUAUCGAAACGCCAUUGAAUGGUGGCAGUAUGAUCCGACGAAAUGGAUGAUCUGGACAUGGAANAAACUCGGACUUGCCUACGAUCUUAAGCAGUUCCGACAAAAUGAGAUCGAAAAGGGCCGCCUGCAGCAACUACAAAAGAAGGUAGAUCAGAAGCGAGCCAAACUGGAUUGGGGCAUUCCUAUCUCACAGCUCCCUGUAUUCAGCUGGGGAGAAUUCGUCGCUCAGGCAAGAAGCAACGGUCAAGCUCUCGUCGCAAUUGGCGGCGUGAUACAUGAUGUGGCUCCGUUCAUCAAAGAGCACCCUGGCGGCAAAGCACUGAUCUUGUCAGCCAUCGGCAAAGAUGCCACAGCGAUAUUCAAUGGUGGCGUGUAUGAGCAUUCGAAUGCAGCUCAUAAUCUGCUAUCGACCAUGCGAGUUGGAAUCGUUCAUGGUGGUGGUGAGGUGGAGAUUUGGAANAAGACAAGAGCUGAGAAGGGAGCUGAGGCUCCCUGA